AUGUCCAUCGGGUUCAGGUUCGUCUUCGGGCCACCGCGGCAAGAUACGAAGCUUCGGCUAGCCAAGCAGAGCUCACCUCAGACUUGGGCCAAGGCCGCGGGCAACGCUGUGGCAGGCGGCACCGCGGAGGACGCGGGCGAAGGGCGACUCGCCUUGUGGUUGUUCAUGGAUUGGCUCGCGAGGCGCCGCUGGCCGUGGGGCGGCGGGGCGCGGCCGCGGGCGGAGGCGGAGGCGGUGCUCUCGGGCCGCUCCAGCCGGACAGGGAUCCCGCCGGCGCAGCUGCGAGCGAGGCCGCGGCCGCCCUGUGGACCGCCAGCCUCGACGGGCUCGGCCUGGGCAGCUCCUGGAGCUCCUCGGCCCGGCUCAGCGCCGAGUGGCCGAAGGCGGAGCGCCCUGCCGCGUCCCGGCGCGGCUGCGAGGAGCUGCGCGCCGCGCUGCUGGCGCGGAGCGCGCGGCUGCGGGAAGCGGAGGCGGAGGCUGAGGAGCAGGCAUCCCGAGGGCACGCGGAGCUGUCCCAGCUGGAGUCCGAGGUGCGGGAGGAGCGCGCGCAGACUCAGCUGCUCCGCGGGCUGCUCGCGCGCGCCCGCGCCGACGCCAGCGCGGCGUCGGCCGCGCGGCUGGCGUCGCGGCGGGGUGAGGAGGAGGCGGAGUCCGCCAAGGCGGAGCUGGAGGAGCGGAGGGCCGUGCUGCGGGCGCUGCACGGCGAGCUGGCCGCGAGGGCGCAACCCAGGGGCGGCGGCGAGGCCGUGCACGGCGCCGACGCCGCCCGCGAGCGCGAGCUGGGCGAGCUGGAGCUGGGGCGGCUGGGCGAGGAGAGCUGCAGGCGGCGCGCGGCGAGCUGACCAGGCUGCAGGACCCGUGCGAUGGCCAGGGUCCAGAGUCCAGGCAGCUCGCUGGCCCAGGCCCUGGCUUGCUGCCUGUGCCGGACCCCGCCCGGUGCCGUGGCGCGCCCACGGCGACCGCGACCAUGGCUGUGGCGGACGACUGCGACCAAGCAUGGGCGCGUGGCCCCUCCUCCCCUGGAGGGCCCGGGGCACGAGGCCCCCCGCUGGUGCUGCGCCCCGGAGCAGGCAAAUCUGCGGCUGGAAGGGCCUGGGCUGGAUGGCGAGGUGGUCGACGUGGGCCGCAGGACAAAGCCACUACGUGCUGGGCAGCGGCGCCGACUGCGACGUCCGCCUUGCGCACGGCGGCGUGGCUCCCAGGCACGCGAUGCUCGCGCACCACCGCAGCGGGCUCGCCUACCUGAUCGACCUCGGCUCCGGCAGAGGCACCUCCCUCGACGGGGAGCAGCUGCGGCCGCUCGCCCCCGCGCAGCUGCGCCGCGGCUGUCAGUUGGCCCUCGGGGCCGCCCCGGCGAUCGUGCUGAGCGGCGGCGAGCUCGCCUCGGUGCGCGACCUGCUGGCGGCCCACGCGGCCAGCGAGGACGCGGGCAGCAGCAGCGAGGCCGCGGACAGUCACGAGGAACGGCAGCCCGGCCACGGCCCUGGGGCGGCGGCGCGCGCGGGGGAGCGCCGUGCCAGCCCGCGAACCAGGCGGAACACCGCGCAGAACAGGAGCGCGGGCUCGCCCGGCGCCGGCCCGCCGCCCAGGAAGCGCCCCGCCCAGGAGGCGCCCCCCGCCGCCGAGGCGGACGCCGCCGCGGAGGGCCCCGGCCCCCGCGAGGGGCCACCGGGGGCGCUGUGCCCUCCGCUGAAGGUCCGACGCACCUCCGCGGCUGGCCGCCGCGUCUGGUUCCACGACGCCGUCGACGAGAUCGAGCCGGACGAGGGCAUCUACGGGAGGUGA